AACAUUUUUUGUUCUCUUUAAAGGUGUAGGAAUGGGAAUGACAUCCCCUGUUUCAAUUAUUAGUUAUCCUACAGAGGAAGAGUCUCUCCAACCAAAAGUCAAGGUUGUACUUCGAAUUCCAAGUCAGUUCCAGGCAGAUCCUCCAAUGCCGACAGAUGAAAGCAUUCAGAUUGAGAACAGAGAAGGAUUGACCGUGUAUGCUAUGCAGUUUGGAGGCUAUGCUAAAGAAACAGACUAUGUGUCACAUGCUGCAAAACUUCGUUCUUGUCUUGGACCAGAGGCUUCUUACCAUAAAGACUACUAUAUCUGCUGUGGCUACGACCCACCCAUGAAACCUUAUGGAAGACGAAAUGAAGUUUGGUUUGUUAAAAAUACCUAAAAGAGCAGUAUGCUUGGAAGAGAGUGCAGUAGUAACAGAAUCAAGACUUCUGCAAACAAUAAAUUGAAAGCUGGUUUCAUCUAUUUUUUUGCCCAAAAUCAUUUUUGGAUCUAGAUCAUUUUUAGAUUAAAACAUUGAUUAUAUUAAACUGCUACAUUUGGUAGAUAUUAAUAAGAUGUAAUUGAGUAUAAGACAAUAAAGAACAUUCGCAAAAGUCAAUAUUAAUUUACUAAUUAGAAAGAAUAUCUGUAGUUCUGUGAUGUCCAUUAUCAUUUUUAUGUUACUAGUAGCUUAAAGGAGUUUUCUGGGAUUUUAAGAUUGAUGACCUAUCCUCAGGAUAGGCGGGGGUCUGACACCCAGAACCCCUGCCUAUCAGCUGUUUAAACACAAGGCUUUCCCUUCAUUGUUUUCCUGCUCGACAGCGCAGCAGUGAGCAGGUGUAAUUACAAGCCAUCCCAUUCAUUUCAAUGGGACAGCUCGUAACCAUUCAAGUGUAU